ACUAAAAGCACUACAUAAACAUAACGCGCAUAAAAGCAUUAUUCUUUGAAAACACACGCGCACCGCACCUCCUUCAAUUCAUGUUCUCCGCUUAGUAGUGCUACCCAUUACUAUGCAGCUCAACCACCUAUGCCUCAUUUUACCGGCCGACUUUGAUGAAAUCAAGCCGGUUGAUGAUGAACAAGUCCAUAAAAAACCCACAGAUGAGAAGGUCAAGAAACACCCCUACCGUCACUGCAGCAAUCAUAUUCUGGCUUUAAUCCGUGAGUUACUAGGCAGAGUUUAUGACUCAAAGUGGGUCAGUUCUUGUUACCAUCAUCAUGACUCAAAAAGAAAACACCAUUCUGGAGUGGUAGUGUUUCAUGACACGGCUGGUAUACAACUUUCUGACAAGGUUGGUGGAGACAAUCCAAGGAUCUUCAGCUUUGCUGAGCUUUAUAUAGGGUCUAAUGGUUUUAGUGAGGAUGAAGUGCUUGGCAGUGGAGGUUUUGGCAAAGUUUAUAGAGCAGUUUUACCUAGUGAUGGAACUGUGGUUGCUGUGAAAUGCUUGGCAGAGAGAGGGGAACGGUUUGAGAAGACCUUUGUGGCUGAAUUGGUGGCUGUUGCUCACCUCCGACACAGGAACCUUGUCCGGCUGAGAGGGUGGUGCGUUCAUGAAGACCAAUUGUUAUUGGUUUACGACUACAUGCCCAACCGGAGCCUUGACCGCAUACUUUUCAGGAGACCGGAAAACAUGGGGUCAGCUCCAACUCUCAGUUGGGAGCGUAGGAGUAAUAUUGUCAGUGGCUUGGCAGCUGCACUUUUCUAUCUUCACGAACAGUUAGAAACACAAAUCAUUCACCGCGAUGUGAAGACAAGCAACGUCAUGCUUGAUUCGCAUUAUAAUGCCCGGCUUGGUGAUUUUGGCUUGGCAAGGUGGUUAGAACAUGAACUCCAUUACCAAACCAGCAGAACAGAAAUUCAAAAUGAACAGUUUAGGCUGGCAGAGACAACCAGAAUUGGUGGCACAAUUGGAUACUUGCCCCCUGAGAGCUUCCAAAAACGAAGUGUUGCCACUGCAAAAUCCGAUGUUUUUAGCUUUGGAAUUGUUGUUUUAGAAGUGGUGUCGGGUAGGCGCGCAGUAGAUCUCACAUACCCAGAUGAUCAGAUAAUCUUGCUUGACUGGAUCCGAAGGCUAUCUGAUGAAGGAAAGCUUCUUCAAGCAGGGGAUAAUCGGCUACCAGAUGAUGGGUCUUACAGUCUUUCAGAUAUGGAGCGCUUAAUCCAUCUUGCGCUCCUAUGCACACUCCACAGCCCAGAAUCACGGCCAAGUAUGAAAUGGGUGGUGGAAACACUUUCAGGCAACAUGUCUGGCAAACUGCCUGCUCUGCCAUCAUUUCGGUCUCACCCUCUAUACAUCUCUUUAUCCUCCCCUACAAACUCUAGCAGCAGCAGCAAUGCUACUGCCACCACUGGGUCAAUGAUAGCCAGCUCUACCACAUCUGCCUCAUCCAACUAUGUGACAGCCACUGCAGAAACCAUAUAUGCAACUGCUGAAUAUGGGAACAGCAACAUCAACUCUUCAGAUAGCACUCGUCGCAGGCAAACUACUUUUCCCUUGGUAGAAACUCCGCGAGAAAUAUCCUUCAAGGAAAUCAUUUCCGCUACAAAAAAUUUCUCAGAAUCCCGAAGGGUAGCAGAGCUAGACUUCGGAACUGCAUACCAUGGCUUCCUUGAUGACAGUCACCAUGUCCUGGUGAAGCGGCUUGGCAUGAAGACAUGCCCUGCACUCAGAGCAAGAUUCUCAAACGAACUACAAAAUUUAGGAAGGCUCCGCCACCGAAACUUGGUUCAACUCCGUGGAUGGUGCACUGAGCAAGGGGAGAUGCUUGUUGUCUACGAUUACUCAGCAAAUCGCCUUCUAAGUCACCUGCUUUUUCCUCAUAUUAAUAGAAUUGACCGUUCUGUCCUGCGGUGGCACCACAGAUACAACAUAAUCAGAUCGCUUGCAUCCGCCGUUCUUUAUCUUCAUGAGGAAUGGGAUGAACAAGUUAUCCACAGAAACAUUACCACUUCUGCCGUUAUUCUUGAUCCAGACUUGAACCCAAGACUCAGUUGUUUUGCUCUUGCUGAAUUUUUAACAAGAAACGAACAUGGGCAUCAUGUAGUUACUAACACAAGCAGAUCAGUUCGUGGGAUAUUUGGUUAUAUGUCACCAGAGUAUAUAGAGUCUGGUGAAGCAACCUCCAUGGCUGAUGUAUAUAGCUUUGGCGUUGUGGUGCUUGAAAUGAUUAGUGGACAGAUGGCGGUUGACUUUCGGCGGCCAGAGGUUCUAUUGGUGAAGAGAGUUCAUGAAUUUGAGGCAAGGAGAAGACCAUUGGAGGAACUGGCUGACAUAAGGUUGAAUGGAGAGUACAAUCACAAAGAACUGAUGAGAAUGGUAAAGCUAGGAAUUGCAUGCACACGAUCCAACCGGCAACUAAGGCCAAGCAUGAGGCAGAUUGUAAGUAUACUUGAUGGGAAUGAUGAGUGCUUUGUGGAUGAAGGCAAAAAGGAGAUCGGGGAAGAAUGGAAAGAAAGAAAUGCAUAUUCUUUGUCAAUAAUUAGGAGGAUCCAAGCACUGGGAAUACAAUGAUACUCAACCGACUGACAUUAAAGAGGGGCAGAUAAAAUGCAAACUGGAUUCUGAAUUCUGAUAACUGAAAUAGUUUUAUUUCGUUUCUUUUCUUUAUUUUUUCCCCUUUCCACACCUUUCUUGUUAAGCUUUUUGUGUGCUGUUUAAGCUAGAUUUUUUUGUAUCAUAACAAAGAAACGUGUCUUCAUGUGUAUUUUUUGUACAAUAGUUAUAUCCAAAAUUUUGGCCUAUCCAUUUCCAAGAA